AUGGCACCGUCUCCACCGUCCUCCGUACAUGACACCAUUAAAUCUGAAAUGGCAUUGAUCCGCACUGAGGUGAACGUGCAAGGGGCACAGAUACAGACCCUGGAGCUCACUACUCAAGGCCUCACGACCCGGGUCACCACUACCAAUCAGGCACUGGCAAGGCAGGGCACCAUGCUGUUAGAGAUGCGCGGCCAGAUGGAAGACCUGGAUAAUCGCAGUCGACGGUGCAACUUGCGGGUUAGAGGUAUUCCGGAACCCAAUUGCCCCAAAGAUGUUGAAUGCCUACUUACCUCCCUGUUUCGAGCCAUCAUUGGGGAGGGAAAUGUGACAUUUAGGG